AUGCUAGACGCAGACCGAGCACAAGUAGACGGCCUUAUUGCUGUCACGGCGGUAUUAACGUCGAUUUCGGGAUGGGACGAUGGUAUGAUCAUUGUGGCCACGCUCAUCAGCAUCGUUUAUUUCAUCAUGCUCCUUAUCUCAAAACAACACAAACUUGGAUAUGAGAUGAAAAUGUUAACGGUGGAGAACAUGGUUGCGCUCCUAAAGGCAACAUAUGCCGUAGAAUUUGUUUACUACACCAUCGUGUACACUAUAAAGGCUUCGAUCGUCUUCAUGUACCUAAGAUUCGCUGUCAGUAAGAUAUUCAGGCAACUCUGCUACGGAACUCUGGUUCUCCUGACAGUCUUCUACGUCGUCUGCGUCGCUGGAGUACUUGCUCAGUGUCGACCCAUACACAAGGUCUGGGACAUCACUGGUCUAGUUGCUGGAACUUGCAUCAACACAACAGCAUUCUUCUACUUCACUUCAGGCUUCAAUAUUAUCACAGAUGUUUGGAUUAUCCUACUUCCAAUUCCCACGCUGCGAAGCAUUCAAAUCACUCAUAGAGAGAAGGUGGUGCUCUACUUUGUGUUUGGUAUUGGAGCAUUCUCUACAGCACUGUCUUGUGUGCGACUGCAGUCGAUCUACACUUACACCCUAGCAACAGACCCUUUCCACGAUGGAGUUUGGGUCAACCUUUGGUCUAUCAUCGAAGUCAAUAGCGCCAUCGUAUGCGCCACUAUUCCAGCACUGAAGCCCCUUUUCAAACCCCGACGCCUCCUCGAAUCAGUACGUGGUGGUAAUAAGAGCAACAUGGGAUACGAACGUCAUGGUAAAGAGCAGAGAGGCGGUGCUGUCUCUCGCAGUCCAGGUAGCAGUGAAUCCGCGAGCGGCAUCAUAGCUAGCGAGGAUCGCCAUGUCAGCGAGAGCUCGAUUGGCAUGGAAGAACUUCCCGAGGCGUACCUUAGAGUCUGA